UUCUCUGCGGAUAAUGACGUUAAUAUGGUGUUGCGUGUGUCAUGAACAAACAUCUUCCUAAUAGAAUAGUAUUAGUAAAGAUAUAGAUAACGAGGCGGCCUUGUCGAUUGUGAUUUUAAUUUUAGCUGACGUUACUAAAAUUCCAACUCAAAGCCCAAUCGAAAACCUCGAAAAAGUAUAAGUCGAAUAUUGUAUCAAAAUUUUAAUACCUUGCCCCCGAUUGCAUCGAAUACCGGUAUCCACAACGAUCUCAAAAUGUCCGAGCAGUUCAAUUUUACCGAGGCUUUUAACAGUCAAACUAUGCGUGGACGCGCCAAUGUAGCCAAGGCCACCUGGGCUUCGGUGGGUCUGGUCUACGUUCUGGUCAAGAUGCAUCGCCGUAACUCGAAGCGUCGCGAGGCCAAGCUCUACUGCAAGGGCUGCCAGCAGGCGCUCCUACAUGGCUAAGGGGGCGUUACCAGCCAAUCCAUGUCCAAUCCUCCUCGAAGACCUUAAAAAUCAUCAGAUCAGAUCAGCCAUCCACCAGACCCCACUCCAGACAUCAAUUUUAAAGCAUUGCCAAAACCCGUGUACACACUUUUGUCGAGUCAAUAAAUUUCAA